CCCUCCUAGAAAUUAAAAAAAAAAAACUAGCGGAGCUCGUCAACUGUCAACACGGAUUUCUGGACAAAACCAGCGUAGCCUUCGCACUCACUGGAGAAAAUGUUAGAAAGGACGACAUUUCCUACAAUAUCCCGGAAUAAAACGUUGUAUUUGUAGACUUUCUGACUGUGCUUACAUCAGGCCUAGAAGGAGGGAGGGAGGAUGCCGGUGGAAAGCGGGAGCAGCGCCGCCGCCCGCCAGGCGAAGCAGAAGAGGAAGUCUCACAGCCUGUCCAUCCGCAGGACCAACAGCACCGAGCAGGACCGCUCCGGCCUGCAGAGAGACAUGCUGGAGGGACAGGACUCCAAACUGCCUCUGUCUCUGAGGAGCAAUCUGCUGGACCUGUUCAGUCAGAUCGAGAGGGAGUUCGAGAACCUCUACAUUGAAAACCUGGAAUUACGCAGAGAAAUCGAAACACUGAAUGAUCGUUUGGCUGCAGAAGGACAGACGUUCGAAGGGGCAGAUUUAGCCAAAGGAGCACUUAAAACGAAAGCGAGUCACAGCACGAGCCAGCUGUCACAAAAACUAAAGACGACCUACAAGGCUUCCACAAGCAAGAUUGUGUCCAGUUUCAAAGCGACCACGUCCAGAGCGGUGUGCCAGCUGGUCAGGGAGUAUGUCGGCCACAGAGACGGCAUCUGGGACCUGAGCGUCACCAGGACGCAACCUGUGGUGCUCGGUACCGCAUCUGCAGACCACACUGCUAUGUUGUGGAGCAUUGAGACGGGGAAAUGCCUCCUCAAAUAUUUGGGUCAUCAAGGAUCAGUCAACUCCAUCAAGUUUCACCCCACUGAACAGAUGGCGCUAACAGCCUCUGGAGACCAGACGGCUCACAUCUGGAGAUACAUGGUGCAGCUGCCGACUCCACAGCCUGUUGCCGACAUCAGCCAGCAAACACCCUGCGAAGACGACGUUGACUUUUCGGACAAAGAUGAGGCAGACGGCGAGGUUGACGGUCCAAACGACUGCCCUUCUCUCCGCGUGGCGACCACUACGCUGCGCAGCCAUCAGGGUGUGGUGAUCGCUGCUGAUUGGCUGGUGGGGGGCAAACAGGUGGUGACGGCCUCCUGGGACAGAGCCGCCAACCUGUACGAUGUGGAAACAUCUGAACUGGUCCACUCGCUCACUGGCCAUGACCAGGAGCUGACUCACUGCUGCACACACCCCACCCAGCGACUGGUGGUCACCUCGUCCAGAGACACAACCUUCAGACUGUGGGACUUCAGAGACCCGUCCAUCCACUCUGUCAACGUGUUCCAGGGACACACUGACACGGUGACGUCUGCUGUGUUCACGGUGGGAGACAACGUGGUGUCUGGGAGCGACGAUCGCACCGUCAAAGUGUGGGACCUGAAGAACAUGAGGUCGCCCAUAGCAACCAUCCGCACCGACUCUGCCGUCAACAGGAUCAGCGUCUCGGUGAACCAGAAAAUCAUCGCUCUUCCUCACGACAAUCGGCAGGUCCGGCUGUUCGACAUGUCCGGGGUGCGACUGGCUCGACUCCCACGGAGCAACAGACAGGGUCACCGGCGGAUGGUGUGCUGCUCCGCCUGGUGUGAGGACAACACCUCCUGCAACCUGUUCACCUGCGGCUUCGACCGGCAGGCGAUCGGCUGGAACAUCAACAUCCCGGCGCUGCUGCAGGAGAAAUGACCUCCCACCUGCGACCUGUCACCUUUACAGUGACGCUCCACCCCAAAGUCUGUCCUCUAGAGUAUCAAACACUCAUCGUCAGUAGGCUUCAGAGGCGCCUGUGAAAAGUUCGCUUUUCGUUCGUGCGACGUCUCCGAUGGAGGAUGAAACCCUUUAACAGCCGUCUUCCGAGCCUACAGGAGGUCAGUGUUUGAUCUCCCGCAGCCCGAGGAACGAGGCAGGAAAAUGACUCGUGCACGCUGCCUGUCAUGCUCUCUAACUCACCACCGCCAAUAUAAACAACCUGUGUGCCACUGAUGAGAAAAAGCACAGAGACAUAACAAGGGAGGUUCCUCUUCUUCUUCUUCUUCUUCUUCUUCUUCUUCCUCUUCCCUCACCCUGUCAGCACAUAUCUGCUUGAUGCUGAUUUAAGCUACAACACAGUAAAUCUAAUCUGUGCCACUAACAGCAGAUUCCUGUUUGGGACAAAAGGUGGCUGUCUGAUGCUUUAAAGGAAAAAUCCACUAGUUUUAUAUAAUCAGUUUUUAGUGUUUUAGUGCAUUUCAGGAGUUCAUCUUGUCUUUCUGAACCUCUUUCUUUAAAUAACCUCACUUUUACAAUUACAAAAACAGUUUCUUCUUUCUAUUCUGGUCUCAAAAUUAUUAUCUGUUCUUCUGUGAUGGAUUUAUUUCAUUAUGAUUGAUUAACAUUUGUGCAAAAUCACUGUUUGAUUUUAAGGGGCUGAAGCUUAAAUCUGGCUCCCUGAACAUUUUCAGCUUUGAGUAAUGUCAUGACAAGACAAACUAUGUUGUAUUUGGCCAGUUAUCUAUUUAGGUCAGCUGUUUUUUUUUUUUUUUUUUUUUUUUUAACAGUGUUAAAGUGGAUUUUUCCUCUCGAGUUUUAUUCCAAAAUAUUUUGUUUGGCAUCUGAUAUUCACAGUUUGAUAUCUUACAACACACAUUCAAUACUAACAAGGAAUGUGUGUAAAACUCAUAAAACAGGUGACACCUUCACUUUAAAGCCUGCUAUUGUUUAUAUAAGUUAAUAUAUGUAGAUUAUAAUAGAUUAUAAGAGUAGCUUUGUUUUGUCAGAUGACAGAUAAUCAUAUUUUGGAAUGAAACUCUGCUCUUGUUCAGAGGUUCGGGAGUGUCUGCGUGAUACUGAAAUGCACCUUUUUUUUUAAAAAAAAAAAAAAACCCAAUAGCUGUUACAAUUUUUGUUUUGUUGCUUUUCUGUACAUAGUCGUCACAGUGUGAGGAAGAGUGUGGAAAAUACCCAACAGCGAGGUGAAUAAUUUAUGCUGUUGUCUGCUCGGCUCAACUCUUUCACGGUCCCGUUCUGUAGAGGAAAUCAAGGCGGAUAAAGAAACUGUAAUUGGCUGAGUGUGUUCGGUCCUCGCCAAGCGCGUAUCAUCAAAAAACCAUUUCCUGUUCUGGCAGUGAUGCUGGUUUCUCUCCUGUGUGGAUACGCUUGUACUGCCGGUGUAACGUCAGCCCCUCAAAACAAGACUUUUCAUACUAAUUAUCAUGAUGAUCCUGGACAAACCGAACCCAAACAUUUCAACCUCAACCAGGCGUUCAGGAAAGCGGUUACGGUUUUAAAAUGCAAACUUAUCAGAGGGAAACAAAUCUUUUAAUGAGUUAAAAGGUGAAAAUAAGAUUCCUUGCGGGUAUAAAGUAGCAAAAAAACAUGAUUUACUCCGGCAGAGAGGUGGUGACUUCUAUUUAAGUUUGCAAAAUCCAAUUUUCAGAGCUAAAUUACUACUACUCAUAAUAUAUGUGAUUGUAACCUACUAACAAAAUCAAAGUUAAGACGUUUAAGUAUUAAAUAAUCAAUCUCAAUUAAAGAAUCACUCUAAACUUUGAUCAUCUGUACACCAGAAUAAACAUUUUAAUAAUUAAUGUUGUAUAAAUUCCAGCCACUGAGGACUUAGAAAUCUGUGCACCAAUUUUUGAUUUUACAUGAUUUGUAAAUAAAUUAAAGCAACACUCUCGUCUUGUAUUUUCCGUGAGAAAUGUUCAGGUUCUGUUCUGCGAUCCGGGACUCUGAUAUGUCGUAUGAAUGACAGUCUCUCAUCAGAGCCGCUAUGUUGUCUAAUGACUGAAACUCCUCCUCACUGGUCGCAGCGUUGUGGUUUCUCUCGGUGGUUUUCUCUCCGCCGUGGACGAGCAGGCGAAGCUUCCUGACUCGUAGAGCUACUGAAUUUAAAACGCCGCCGCCGUAGUCCAGUGAAUACGUUGGUCGUUAUUAUCUGGAACGUGUGGAGGUAAGACUCGUGUGCUGGAAGGAAAGGUGAUUUCAGUGUUUCUGUAACUGCUCUGUACAAGUACGUCUCUUAAGAGCAACACCUGUUGAAAUGGUUGUGAGGCAGGGCUGGGUACCGGUAUAUAUGUGAUGCUUUUGGUGCUGUACCGGUUUUAAAGGACUAUAUGGACCAUUAGUCGCCCUUUUUGACCUCUGAAGUAUUUCCAGGAACUAAACCCAUAGUAAGCAAGCGGUGGUUAUCGAUAUCUAGACCAGGCUGGAAAUCCCUGGAGACGAGAGUUGGAAUAUUAAUGUUAAAGUUAUGAUGUCGACUUUGUUUAUUGUGCUCAAUUUUUCUGUCUUUAUGUCUACUUAGCGAGUCGAGUCAUUCAAAUUCACAAAUAGCAGCUAAAAAUCUGAAGGACGGAGUAAUCAUCUGCCCCCUGUUAGCAUACAUCAGCUACAUUUAUUAUGUGCUGCAAAAAUACUAGUAAAAGGAAGAAAGCAUGCGGCUGCUAUUUGAGAAUUUUAAUGACUUGCUAAAUAGAAAUAAAAGUAAAAAAUUGUGCACUUUAAAUGACUACAAUUGUAAGUAAAAAUUGUAUUUACAUGGGGGGUGAGAGGAAGUAGUGAAAAACCUUUUUUUU